AAUGAAAUGCAGUCCAGCAUGAGGUUAGCACCCACGAUACACAUGUACUGCAGCAAAGGCAGUAAAAGCAAAGGUGAUUUCUUUAGUUUUUAGCCAAAGACACUUUUAUUCUCCAAGGAUACAGUUUCUACCUCUGCUGUUCACACACACAAACUUUCACAGUGAGUAAAGCACCCAAAACCAGCCCAACCUUUGAGUUCACUUGAAAUCUAUUAAGAAGCCAAAUUGUAGUCCACACCAUAUAAGAAGCUGUGCUUGCUGCCAAUAAGAGAACUUUUGGCUGUUUUACACUUUGCCUGCUGAGGAGUAACAGUGGAACCUUUGUUGUGAUGUUUUGGGUUUGAUAUGUUUGAUAAAGUCUCAAUAUAUAACAUGGUUUUCAUGUUUUGGUACCUUAAUUCUGUGUGUUAGACACAAGUUGUACAGUUUGCAGAUUCAGAGUAUUGCAUACCAGCUAAUGGCACAUCUUUGUUAGUGAGAACACUUUCAAACAUGCCAAGGUGUUUUUUUGUGUAAUGGAUACUAUGUUUGUACGCUGUAUGUUGUCAGAAACUGUAUUUUGUCGUCUUAGGAAAUCAUGUUAGAUGACUUCACGACAGUGUACUGAUUUGUGUCAAAUUAAACUCAGAAAGUUUGCUAUACAUAACAGCGUGCCUGGUUUUGUUUUCUUUUUUCCAAACUUUUUUACUGUACAGCUUGCUGGAUAUUGUAUGGACCAAAGUGACUUGUUUGGGAUAAUCCUUUCUUUACCGCAAGCUGGCGCCAUUCAGUUGUUGGGGUAUAACCUAUCGCGAGGUUUGCAAGAGUUUCAAUGCUGCUUUCAAAGAAAAGACGUUACUUGGCUUUCUUUAGUUUUUUAAAUGUUUCCUCCUUAACAUAAGUUCUGUCAGUAACACCAAGGCGGUAAAGGGUGAAUGUUUAAACCAAUCACUUGUAAAAUCAUAGAAUUUUCAGUGUUGUCGUUUAUUCUUCUGCGUUUAAAUCGUAACCCUAGGGAUAUAUUUCCGACAACACGUGAAAGCAUCACGCAGAGGUGCAUUUGUUAGUUCUAGCCUGCCACAAGCUAAUGUUCAGUAUGUCUGAGAAAGAGCUGGGGAAAAAGUGGGACCGAUGCUUAGCAGACGGUGCCAUUAAAUUAGGCACUGGUCUGGGGUUAGGCAUUGUGUUUUCUGUUCUGUUCUUCAAACGGCACACAUGGCCAAUUUCACUUGGCUCGGGAGCAGGGCUCGGCAUGGCGUAUGCCAAUUGUCAGAAUAACCUGAGGUCACAUUAUAUGCUGCACAGAGGCGAUAAGGAGCAAUAACUGCACGUCACCAAGGGACUGUCUCUUUUUUUUUUCCCAAAGUGUUUGUUUUUGUUUUGAUUAUGGGUGCGUCACCAUUUGCACUGUUCUACAGUCAGACUCUUGUCUCCCUGUUGACAUCCUUCCUUGUAUGACUGUAUGAUUUGUAUAUGCCCUAUAAGGACGGUCUGUGUUUAUUUAAUAAAAUAAUUAUUAAAAAAAGAGUUGUGGGUUAAUAAUAAGCUGUUCCAUACAUGCUUUGUAAGGUAUGUAAUUGUGUACAAAUCAUGUUUAACCAAGUGGUACAAAGAUGAGGAUUGUGUAAUACGUUACAUCAGCUAGAUUAUACUUCAUACACUCUGAGGAGUAAUAAUGACACUUGAGGAGGGGUAGGGGGUUAGGAGUCAAGUGUUAAUGCAGUUUUGAAAAAGGUGCUUGAAGUAAUUUUUCUGAAAACUGUCAGAGAAGAAGGCUGAGGCAGGGAUGUAAAAGCAGUCCUAUAAGGCUAUUCAAAUGUUCCUGUUAGGAAAUGAAGGAUUCUGGGGUUGUCUCGUCAUCUCUGUGCAUUGAGAAUAACAAGAUGACGUAAAGUGGUUAUUGUUAUAUAAUAGGGAAUUUCUUCACUAAUGGUAUAAUGUGUGAGUCAUCCAAAACAAACAAAAAUAUGCUGAAAUAUUACAAUGCAUUACUGAGAAACUGGCAGAUUAAAAUGCAAUCAGUGUUAUCAUUCAAAUACAGCUGAUCCAUGUUUUACGUAUUAUUGGUUUUAAACAGUCAUCUCCCUAUAAAUGAUGGAUCAAUCACAAUCACUGCAAGGUAACUUGUAACUAAGGCUGAUAAUUAAACACUUUGGUGGUGACUGUGGUGGUGGAGUAGUGUCAAAAUAUAUGUAUAUAGUGCAUAUGAGAAAAGAAAAUCAAGGCGUGACGGACAUUUUUAAAAUUGUUAUUCCAGAGUAGUUAAAAACACCAUGUCCAAACAAGGGAGAAAAAAAUCUAAACAAAACACCCACACUAGUUCCUAUGAUUUAGAAUUAGCAUAUCUUGGCUGUGAUUGUGCAUGGUUAUGCAUUAACGGCUCAAUGCUCUGACACGCUCCUUCUCAGUAGCUGUGCGCUCAGGCUGGGAGGCACGCUGGAGUGGCCGACACAGGGAUUAACAGGACCGAGCGUUACAUGGCCGUGAUACCUGUAGAGCACUCGCGAACAGAGCGGUGCUUACAAAUGACUGCUGCACAAUUUUCUGCUGCUUUUUGCUGCCUUGCUGUGUUUCCCAGAAUAAAACGGACUUGUGUAAGGCAGCAGAGCUCAGCAAGGCACAGCAAAGGACUUGCGAGAGACAGAUCCACUUCUGUGAGGUGAGGUAUAAUUUUGAGCAUUGAUCCUUGUUCUCUUCAUCUUCAGUGAGCCUGCUCUCAUAUGCCGAUUCAAGGCUUUUCUGUUUUUGUGCCCUCCUCCGGAGCCUGUCAUCAUUGUGACAUGCUGCUUCGAAACCCUCUUGUCAGCUAUCGAACGGCUCAUUCUGGCUCUUAGCUGUGGAUGAGACAGGGACACUGGCCAGGAUGGAGAGAUGAGUGAAACUGCUGGGGAUUUGGAUCACUAUAUUGGUGGGUGUGGAAGUAAGUCCAGGACACCUGGAUGUAUUUCUGGAUGGAGAUUUUUAUCCAUGGAGAACAGUUCAGUUAACCCUGAUUUCUCAGCACAAGACCUCAGUGGCUUUCCAUUUAACGAUGUCCCUGAAAUGUGAGCUUUUGCUGCAAAGGAGAACUGGUUAAGGUCUGUAACAUCUAGUGCUGCCUGAAGAGCUCGUUCACUGACUUCUGCCAGCAGGUGCCAUGGCUGACUCUCACUUGUCUGGGACCUUAGGGAGCUACAACGGCAGCUCCACCAGCACCAGCGCCUGGAACAUCACCGGCAGCGGCCCUUGGUUGUUAGCUUUUAUGCUGACCAUCAUCAUCCUAAUGACCAUCUGUGGCAACAUGUUGCUCAUUGCGUUGGUGUUUGCCCAUCGCUCUCUGCGCUGCACCUCAAACUGCUUCCUGGUGUCUCUGUUCUUCUCCGAUCUAAUGGUGGCAUUGGUGGUCAUGCCCCCAGCUAUGCUCAACGUUCUGUGCGGGGCCUGGGUGCUGUGGCCUGCGUUUUGCCCGGUUUGGCUUUGCUUUGAUGUGAUGUGCUGCAGCGCGUCCAUCCUGAACCUGUGCUUGAUCAGCCUGGACCGCUACCUCUUCAUCAUCUCGCCCCUGCGCUAUAAGCAGAGGAUGACCCCGCCUCGGGCGUUAAUCCUUGUAGGGGCUGCUUGGGGGCUGGCAGCGUUGGCUUCCUUCCUGCCCAUUCAGAUGAAAUGGCACAGCUUGGGCCACAGGAGCGGACACUCAUCUGUUCUUGGGGUCAGCACUGGGAACAUCAGCUCCUACUCUGACAAACUGUACCCAGAAUCCUACUUUCAGCUGUCACCUUCAGGUGGCCUUUCCUUCCAGUGUCGUCUGCGGGUGACCCUGCCCUUUGCUCUGGUGGCAUCUGUGCUCACCUUCUUUCUGCCCUCCAGUGCCAUUUGUUUCACCUACUGCCGGAUCCUUCUGGUGGCACGCAGGCAGGCAAAGAGGGUGGCGGCGCUGAGCCACCCGCCUCACCCGCACCCUUCUCUCGGAGAACCCUCCCGGCCUCCUUCGCCGGGCAUUCCGUCAGUGAACAGCGAGCGUCGCCUGGCUCACAGGCAGGGUCGGAGGGCACUCAAGGCCAGUCUGACUCUGGGAGUCCUCUUGGGACUCUUCUUCAGUGCUUGGCUGCCUUUCUUCAUCACCAACAUGGCAGAGGCAGUGUGUGAGUGCGUCCCCCUUGCGCUCUUUGACGCCAUAACCUGGCUGGGCUACUGCAACAGUACGAUCAACCCCAUCAUCUACCCGCUGUUCAUGAGAGACUUCAAGCGAGCUCUGGGGAAGCUGUUGCCCUGCUGUUCUUCGCGGUCGCCCCGAAGACCCUCACCGGCGCUCUCGCUCUCUCUGCGUAACUCGGGAGAGCCCAACAUUGCUAGCAAUCCACCCUCACCUCUGGCUUCUGACCCCACGCACCCGCCCGCCACCGCCACUGAUGCUGUCAAUCUGCUGGAUGCCGAGCACGCUGGGCUUGAGUUGCCUCUCCUUCUCCCCAACCAGGUUGACACUUUGGACUGAAUAGUACUUAAAGAUAGCUUAUAGGGUAUAUCAGGGUUUACAGUGGAAAAGCGCGAUAGCUGGUAACAAUCUGACUUAUUCACUGUGAGGCUUGGGCUGAAGAGACAUUGAAAAAGAAUCUAUUUAUUUUAUGCUCACAUUCUGUUAGGUCUACUCGCUCUCAGCCAGUGUCAGGGUCAACAAUAUUUCCAAUUGUCAGUGCCAGUGGAGAAUGCAAUUCUAUAGUAAGCUGUGAAUCACUACUGUGAGAGUCUUAUAGAACAGGACAGGAAAAAAG